GUUGACAUUUUGGCGAUGCUGCGUCGAACGCUGUCGGUACUGGGCGCUUAUAGCUGGAAGGAUGUGGCGUAUGUGGGCGAGUCUCCACAUGCGCUACAGGCUUUAGACAUCGCCAUUCCACGGAGGAUUCCGCCGCGUUCCAAUUUGCCAACGUGUGUGUUUGUACACGGUGGAUCUUGGCAACGAGGGGACAAGAACGGUGGGCUGAAUCAAGACAUUGACGAGGCGUUCGUCGGUGCGGGAUACUUGGGCGUCUCGGUGAAUUAUCGGCUGUCACCGGAAGUGCAGCACCCGGAACAUGUCAAGGAUGUGGCUGCUGCAGUCACGUGGUUAUACCGGAACAUUGCCAAGUUUGGAGGUGAUCCGAACAAGUUAGUGCUGGUGGGUCACAGUGCUGGUGCGCAUUUGGUUAUGCAGAUUCUCGCCGAUCCGCAAUAUCUGACCGCAGCAGGGAUGGAACAACCAAUUGACACUUUCGUCAAGGGAGCUGUGGGUAUCUCGGGCGUGUACAAUAUCGUACGCCUUGCCAACACAUCGUUCUAUGGAACACUCGUAACGAAUCCACCGUUUGGCGAACGUGCCGAGCAGUGGCGAGAGGCUUCGAUCGGGAUGACAGUCACCAGAGUCGGGACUACCUCGCCACUUACCAAAAUGCCUCUGCUGCUUGUGAAUGCCCACGAAGAUUUCCACUUCAACGAAGACGCACAAGAGCUCGAACGAUGGCUAACUGCUGCGGGAAAUGUACGCAUUCAAAGGACAGUCACCUUUUAAUUUUCCUUAUUGCUAAACCUAUUUCAUGUUCACCACCGUACAGAAUUCUAUCCAGCGUCACGUCAUUCCCACUUGCAACCACUUCACCAUUGUCGAGCAGCUUGCCAACGACGACCUCGAUUCCAACCCGACGAUGCAGCUGAUCAAGUCAUUCGUAGCAGAAAUCGCCGACCCCGACGAAAUCUCCCCACUCAAAAACACAUUUAACUAGAAUAAAUCGCAAGUGGCAAU